GGGAGAGCGGAUAUAGCGAAUGCGGGGUCCUGGGGAGAGCGGAUAUAGUGAAUGCAGAAUCCAGGGGACCAGAUAUAGUAAAUGAGGGGUCCAGGGAGAGCGGAUAUAGUGAAUGCGGGGUCCGGGGAGAGCAGAUAUAGUGAAUGCGGGGUCUGGGGAGAGCGGAUAUAGUGAAUGCGGGGUCCGGGGAGAGUGGAUAUAGUGAAUGCCGGGGUCUGGGGAGAGCGGAUAUAGUGAAUGCAGGAUCCGUGGAGAGUGGAUAUAGUGAAUGCAGGGUCCGG